AUGGCACCGGAGACGCUUCCUUUAGAGUUGGAGGAAGAGAUACUCAUUAGGGUUCCACCUUUAUGUCUCGUUCCGUUCAGAAUCGUUUGUAAACGAUGGAACGCUCUUUUCCACAAUGAGAGAUUUGUCAAAAGUCACUUGGCUCUUCCUAGCCCUGAAUUCAUCAUAACGACGGAAUCCAAACUUUAUCACGCAAGCGUCAAUCUCGACUACGAUCCAAAGAUAAAGAGCGUCAAUCUCGACUACGAUCCAAAGAUAAAGGUGCGUGAAACAAACUUAGAUAUUCCCGGUUUAGGAUCUAGUGAACGUACCAAGUACCGUCAUUGUGAUGGCUUAUUGCUUUGUACUCGGGAUAAUGGAGUCACUAUUUGGAACCCGUGGUUGAGUCAAACUAGACGUAUCGAGUCUGAGGCUCAACUAUCCAGCUUCUUCUAUGGCUUAGGAUACGAUUGUAGAGCACCCGAGAAGAAUUACAAGAUCGUAUGUGCUGUUUAUUUGUGGCGAGGUCGGCAAAUUGCCAUCUACGAGUUUGCAACCAAUGCGUGGAAGUAUAUUGAUGCUUGUUUUGAAGAAACGUCCAUGAAAGGGAUAUUUGGUCAGCCAUACUCUAAUGUAUCACUGAAUGGAAAUUUAUAUUGGAUUGCUUAUUAUGAUAUCUACACGUGGAUAUUUCAUCCAAAGUUUCGAUUGUCUAAGGAGAUGUUCAAGAAUUUUUGCAUACUACCGUGUCAAGGACGUUAUCCAGACAAUCAUGCCCUAGCAGUUUUCAAGGGAGACCGGUUUUCGUUGUUAGAACAAUGCGAAAAAACAAGGAGGAUUCAGAUUUGGGUAACAGCGAAUAAAGUUGAAUAUAAUAAUGGAGAUGUGGUGUGGAUUAAGUUCAUGACUGUCCUAACGCUAAACUGUCCGUUGUUAUCUAACAGCUCUUCUCCUAGUUACUUCGUGGAUGGUAAUAUCUAUGGAAAGAGCUUGAUCAUUUGCUGUAUCGAUGAAUAUCUUCAGGCUUGCAUCUUUAUUGUGAGAGGUGGUCUGUCUAGAAAGAUUCAGUUAGAGUCUGUGGUUGGUAAGGUUUGUCUCUCUCUUUGUGUUUCUAGUUUAAUCCCCAUUCCUUGGGAAAGUUCAGAGCAGGAGAACAACACGAAUUUAGAUGUUUAA